CCUGACGGAUUUAUAGUUUACUCCAAACCUCAUCUGCACGGUGUCUUAGGUCAAGCACAGUGGGAGCGCAGUUCGGUCAAAUCGAGAUUAUUGAUGGCACCGAUGCGUUAGUUAUCUGUCUGGGCAAAGGGAACGCUAUAAAAUAUUAAAUUCCCCCCCUUUGUCCGUUUUGUGAACAGUUCCGGAGGUUUUUUUUCUUUACCGACAGGAGGGAUGGAGACGGUCUGGAGAGAGGGAGGCGCGCCGGUGGGUUGUUGCCUCUGGAAGACGAUGCUUCUUGUUUUCCUGUGGAAAGUGUCUGACAGCCAAGCAGGAGCAGCAGGAGUUGGACCAGGAGGAGGGCCGGACUCCUCCCAACCCCGUUUCUCCUCCUCCCUCCCUACCUACCUCCCCGUCCAAUGCCAGCUGAGUGGUGCUGACUCUGCAUUCUUCCUGCGGGAAGCCAAUCAGGAGGUUAUGCGAAAUGGCAGCCUAUCAUCACGGACUGAGCCUUUCUUCCUCCACCAGCUGGAAGCAGGUGUCGCCGCCUCACAAUCCCUGCCGAGUUUCAAUUGCAGCUACGGAAACCUCAGCAUUGAGCAGCCAAUCCCCGUGGAGCUGCUUCAGGGUCCACCACCGCAUCUGCUGCUGACCACCAACCAGGUUACUCUAAACUGGAAGGUCAAAGGUCAAGUGGUGGUGCCCAAAGUGGGGUCAACAAGGCCCUGGAUACAGGUACUGUUUUACCUUGUGGGGCGGCGUUGGGACGAGCCUGACCCUCCUCCUCCAGCCCUCCUACCAUGUGUCAGAGCCUUGGCCAUCCGUGACACAAGUGAAGCAGCACCCUCGGCGGGCUGCCGCCUCAUGGGGCCAUCUGGCAUCUGUGUUGUCCGUCUGGAGAUUCCCCCUGCUUGGUUUACACCACCACAAAUGAGAAAAAGACCUCCUGAAGUGACUCUACCAUCAGUGGAUGUGUAUUACUCAAUUAUACCAGUGGAAGGGGCUGGUCAAGAGUGUCCCUCCAUUGUUAACGAGCCAUGGAGGGGUCAGAAUGCAAACGUCGGGCCUCUUGGAGGCCUGGGCAUGGGCCUCGGGGGGCAGUGGAGCCCCCUACUGGAUGGGGGUCUUCAGGACAUGCUAAAAGCUGGUUCUGUGGUAAUGACCAUGGGCCCAGUUUCUGCUAAAGGAGAACGAUUGAGACUGGAUGAAAAUGUGGAGGUUCUGGUGCCACCCAGUCCAGUUCGGCUUGGCAAGACGGUGGCGUUUGGCGUAUACAUGAAGACGGAUUCAAACACGGAACAGUUUACACUGAGGGUGUGGUUCCAGUCAGGCAUCAACUUCCUGGCUGUUAAACCCAGCAACCUCGUUGCAUGGGAGAUCAAACAGGAAAUGGCACCGGGAAGCAGUUCGUUGGCAGUGAUGUGUCAGAGAAAGGCCUACUCCACAGCAGAGAGAUUGGAAAGUCCAUCAUAUGAGGUGAUGCAGCUGGACUUUGAGGUGGAUAAUGUCAUCAACCUGGUGCCGACCCAGACUCUGCACUGGAACGUCGAGUACCCAGCUGGAAUGCAGACAACUUCCAGGCAAACAGAGAAAGUCUCACACCUCUACAUCAGCAACGCCGACAUACAGGGAAUCGUACCGCUGGCUGAGGACACAGAGGUGGUGAACACAGCCAUUCUUACAGGUCGGCGCGUCGCAGUGCCCAUCAAACUGGUUACCGUGGAGACCGACGGGCAGGUGAGGGAGGUGGAUGACUCAGUCACCUGCAGCUCUACAGACGUGGACGUUGUCAAGGUUUCUCCAAACUGUGACCAGGUGUUGGUGAACGGUAAAGAAAUGCGUGGUCGUCAGUCUUUGGCAGUCAACUUCACCUACCUGCACCUUUCUGCUCAGCUGCAGCUCACCGUCUGGGUGCCCAAGCUACCUCUGCAGAUAGACGUGUCAGAUACUGAGCUGAGCCAGGUUAAAGGCUGGAGGGUACCAAUUAUCACUAACAAGAGACCUACAAGAGACAGUGAAGAUGAUGAGGAUGAUGAGAGGAAGGGCAAAGGCUGCACCCUACAGUAUCAGUACGCCUUGGUGCGGGUCCUCACCCAUUUUGUCGCAGAACCCUCUGACCCAGGAGGAGAGAUGGUCUACAUGUUAGGAUCGGACUGGCAGGCUGAUAUCACUCAUUUGGUCUUGGACCAGCUAAAGGUAGAAGAUCCUCGCAUUGCUAGACUGAUAGAUGGACGAAUCUUGAUCGGACGGGACCUGGGGAUCACCACUAUACAGGUUCUGUCCCCGCUGUCUGACUCUAUCCUGGCAGAGAAGACUGUGACCGUGUUGGAUGACAAGGUGACUAUCACAGACCUGGGAGUCCAGCUGGUUGCAUCUCUUUCCCUCAGUAUGUCAGCAAGUCCUGGAAAUUACCAAGCUAUACAGCUAACAACUACAGCUACAGACCUGCUACACGCACCUAAACAGGAAGCAGUCAUCAGUGCAUGGAUCCAAUACAGUGACGGUUCAGUGACACCACUUGAUGUCUAUGAUCCUAAAGACUUCCUCCUCUCAGCCGUGUCAUUGGAUGAGAGUGUCAUCUCCAUAACUAAUCAGGAGCAACACUGGCCUAUUGUAGUGGCAGAGGGCGAUGGACAGGCACUGGUUCGUGUUGAGAUGGUCAUCUCUGAGACCUGCCAGAAAUCCAAAAGGAAGAGUGUGCUGGCAUCUGGAGUUGGCAAUGUGAUAGUGAAGCUUGGAGCAAAGAGCGAAGAAAGAGGUGUGAUGGGAAGAGGUGGACAAGACGACGGAGGAGGGAUGGACAACAGCACCAGCGAGCAACGAACAAAGGAUGGAGGAGAGUGGAAGUCCAAUAGUGCAGCAGUGGAUCGAGAGGAAGGAGCCAUGAGAAAGGUUAGCACAACCACCAAGAGCACAGUAACCCAACGUGCUUCAGGUGGCAAACCGGCCAGUGGAGGCAGCAGCAGCAGCCGUGGCAGUGGUCCCAGCCAAGCAGGGGACUACGGUAGCUAUCCAGCACAAGUGGAGGUACCAGGCACUGGGGAUAAUGAGCUGACCCAGACCACUAGAGGACUGUCAGACCUGGAGAUUGGGAUGUAUGCCCUUUUGGGUGUAUUCUGUCUGGCAAUACUGGUCUUCCUCAUCAACUGUGUCAGCUUUGCUUUCAGAUACCGUCACAAGCAGGUCCCCGUGCUGGAAGCAGGAGGCAACAUGAACCACGCCCAUGACUGGGUAUGGCUUGGCAACGAGGCAGACCUUUUGGCUGACCACUCUGACCAAUGCCAGGGUGGCCUGCCUGAUGAAUGCACCACCAUCAUUGACCGGAAUGAAGGAGGAUACGAAGAGAACAAGUACCUGCUGAAUGGGGCUGGUAACACCUUGGUGAUGGGCGUGGGCACAGGCAUGGGCACUAUCAGUGGGAGUGGUGGCACAGGGGGACACCGAGGCAUCACCCAUGGACAAACCUUGCCCAGAUCUGUUCCAGAACCGCAUCAGUGCCUUUCAGCAAUCACUACAGGUGGCAAAAAUGCCACUGGCCAAGUGGAGCAUCUGAAUAAUUCCCCACGAGCCACAGCUGCAGCUGCAGUUGCAGCCGCCAAACGCAAACGUGUCCAGUUCACGUCUUUUGCCACUGUUCUGCCCAAUGAUAAUUCGGGUGGGGGUGGCCCAUACACCAACUCUUCAGUCUUGGUGACCAAUGGGAGCGAGGAUGACAUCAAGUGGGUGUGCCAGGAUAUGGACCUGGGUCAGUCUGAAAUCAGAACCUACAUGGAGAGGCUACAAGACAAUCUGUGACUGAGGGGAAAGAGACUGAGAAAUGAAGGGGCAGAGGAUGAGUGCAGGAGGGGGAGGAUGGACAAUGAGUACAAUUCACCUGUAAUGCCUUUGCAAUGGAUGAAGGGAGCGAGAAUGGGAGGAAUAUGAGAAUAGUGAAGGGAGCAUGGACUGUGGCGAAGAGUUUAAAAGAUUAUUGAAGAGAUAGUGUAGGGGAUGCUUACAUUUAGCUCCCCUUAGGCUAUGGAAAGCAUACUUUCAUCACUAGCUCACAGUGAAAUCAAUGGUAGCAAACAAUGAAUAACAUUAUGAGUUUGUUUUAUAUUAUUUUUGUAGAAAUAUUAGUGUAAAAAUCAAUUAUAAAGUCACUAUUGGUUAUGAAUGUUUAUUUUCAGAAUACCAGUAAACGACUGUGCUAUACAGUAAAUUCAGGGUAUGUUAUUGGACAACAUUAUUAAGCCACUAUACAUUUAAAUGAGGAUGGCAGGAAGUGUUUUUUACUCAAAUGGUAUAUUGCCAGCAUUGGCCAUGGAUUGAAUAUUGAUAGAUCUAGUUUUAAUAUACAAACCUGUCAGUUAUCUGCCAAGUCUGCUGAAUGGUUAUAUAACAAAUGACUGAUUAUGAUUCCUGAAGAAUAGGUUUGCAUCAAAGAUACAAUCUGUUUGUUUUUAUUCUAUCAUGUGACCCAUUUGCAUUUCUCACAAGUAAAAUGUAACAUGUAAAAAAUAUAUAUAUUCCAAGUACUCAACUAUAAGUCAGGCAUCAGUGGGAGUUGCCAUUGAGCACUGAAUACGGGCAAUCUUUUUCUUUCCUCAACAGCAGAAUGUGUCAAGAGUUGGAAAAUGACAUACGGAAGACUGUUUCUCCCUUGGAUCCAAGACAGAGGCAUUUAAACUUGCACAAUUAAAAGCAGGAAAAGACAUUAGCCAUAUUUGAGGCUUACUUCCUGUUUCCUAAAACCUUCCAGCCAACGAUGGCUUUCUCCCUGUAUUCAGAACCAGUUCUGUCAUCUCCUGGCCCCUCUCCUUGUCACUGAUUGGACAGUAGGAACUUUGUGAACUAAAGUACACAGUGAAAUACUGUGAAUUACUGUCUGUAAACUAAAGGGGGACCGACUUUGGUGUCUCGUAUAAAAAGGAGGCUGCUUGGGCUUUGCAAAGCCUGACCGAACACUUAAUGAGGAUUAUUUAAAACAGAAACCACGUAGGCAACAAUACAGACCGGAGUACCUACAGUGUUAUACGUGGAGCUAACAGGAUAUAUUGAAUGACAUUACAAUACAAAUGAAAAUGGAGUGAAACUCUUGAAUAUCUCACGAAUAGAUAUGGGUUCAUAAAACAUGUUUGUUCUUGCUGAACAUAAUUAUAUAUUUUUUUUCUU